GUUUGAUCAGUAGGGCAUCAUUGAAGGCUCUCAGUUUCUUAAAGCCAAGACCACAAUUUCCCUUGGGUUGAGACAAUUGCUCCCAAUUAGACCAGUGGAUUUUACUUCCCCCCACCUCAUUCCUACCCCACCAGAAUUUACGAAUUUACGAGCGACUUAUUUAAAGUUUGGCCGCACGAAACAAUUUUUCAUUGCUCAAAUAAAAUAUCCACCUCAAUCGAAGACUCGUAGUACCCAAUUAAUCUUCAACUGCUUGAACUUUUAUAAAACGGAUUUACGACCGAUUUGUUUCGAUUGUGUCCAUACGAUUAACUUCCUACGGCUCAAUUAAGCUUCAACUACCUAUCAAUCUCAGCUCUUCUUUCCGAUCUUAUUGUCCAUCUCACCUCGCUCUCUGCUUGAAGGCCCCGACAAAAAAACUGAAAAUCGAUCCAAACAUCUGGAGAGUUCCUCCUCGAUCUGAUCUUGUCCGUUGGGAAUCCACUUUCAAUAGCUUGUCAAUCUUUUUCUUGGUUGAUUUUAUCCGUUUAAUCUCGAAAUAUGCCGGCGGUAUACGGAGGUCCGAUCACGACGUUCGAGGAUGCCGAGAAGGAGAGCGAGUACGGUUACGUUCGCAAGGUAUCUGGACCAGUGGUUGUUGCCGAUGGAAUGGCAGGAGCUGCUAUGUAUGAAUUAGUUCGUGUUGGGCACGACAAUCUGAUUGGAGAAAUCAUUCGAUUAGAAGGAGAUUCUGCCACUAUUCAGGUGUAUGAGGAAACUGCUGGGUUGAUGGUGAAUGACCCUGUUCUCCGAACCCACAAGCCUUUGUCCGUUGAACUUGGUCCUGGAAUUCUGGGAAAUAUAUUUGAUGGAAUUCAGAGGCCGCUUAAGACAAUUGCAAUUAAAUCUGGUGACGUGUACAUUCCUCGUGGUGUGUCUGUCCCUGCACUCGACAAAGAUACUCUUUGGGAAUUUCAGCCAAAGAAAAUAGGAGAAGGAGAUCUUUUAACAGGUGGUGACUUGUAUGCGACUGUUUUUGAGAACACUUUAGUGCAACAUCAUGUCGCUCUUCCACCUGAAGCUAUGGGUAAAAUAACCUACAUCGCACCACCGGGCCAAUACUCGUUGAAGGAUACUGUCCUUGAGCUUGAGUUUCAAGGUGUCAAAAAACAGUUUACCAUGCUUCAGACCUGGCCCGUACGUACACCUAGGCCUGUAGCUUCCAAGCUUGCUGCUGACACUCCUCUCUUGACUGGACAGCGUGUACUUGAUGCUUUAUUUCCGUCUGUGCUUGGUGGUACUUGUGCCAUUCCUGGCGCAUUUGGUUGUGGGAAAACUGUUAUCAGUCAGGCACUCUCCAAGUAUUCUAACUCGGACACUGUGGUUUAUGUUGGCUGUGGAGAAAGAGGAAAUGAAAUGGCUGAGGUGCUUAUGGAUUUCCCUCAAUUGACUAUGACCCUGCCUGAUGGUCGUGAGGAAUCUGUCAUGAAACGUACCACGCUCGUAGCUAAUACCUCCAACAUGCCUGUGGCUGCUCGUGAGGCUUCAAUUUACACUGGAAUUACCAUAGCUGAAUACUUCAGAGAUAUGGGAUACAAUGUCAGUAUGAUGGCAGAUUCAACCUCUCGUUGGGCAGAGGCAUUGCGUGAAAUUUCUGGUCGACUGGCUGAGAUGCCUGCAGACAGUGGAUAUCCUGCUUAUUUGGCGGCGCGUUUAGCAUCGUUCUAUGAGCGUGCUGGGAAAGUUAAAUGUCUUGGUGGGCCUGAAAGAAACGGAAGUGUCACUAUUGUUGGUGCAGUUUCUCCUCCAGGAGGAGAUUUUUCAGAUCCUGUUACAUCUGCUACCCUCAGUAUAGUUCAGGUUUUUUGGGGUCUGGACAAAAAACUGGCUCAGAGGAAGCAUUUCCCAUCCGUGAACUGGCUCAUUUCUUACUCAAACUAUUCAGGAGCAUUGGAAUCCUUCUAUGAGAAGUUCGAUCCAGAUUUUAUUGACAUCAGGACAAAAGCUCGUGAAGUUCUGCAGAGAGAAGAUGAUCUGAAUGAAAUUGUGCAGCUUGUAGGGAAAGAUGCUCUAGCUGAAUCAGAUAAGAUUACCCUGGAAACUGCCAAACUCUUGAGGGAGGAUUAUCUUGCCCAGAAUGCAUUUACUCCGUAUGAUAAAUUUUGCCCGUUCUACAAGUCAAUUUGGAUGAUGCGCAACAUCAUUCAUUUCUACAAUCUGGCUAAUCAGGCUGUGGAGCGGGGUGCUGGUAUGGAUGGACAGAAGAUAACAUACACCCUUAUCAAGCAUCGUCUCGGAGAUUUGUUUUACCGUUUGGUCUCUCAGAAAUUCGAGGAUCCGGCUGAAGGAGAGGAUGUUCUGGUUUCCAAAUUUAAGAAGCUUUAUGACGAUUUGACAGCUGGCUUCCGCACUCUUGAGGAUGAAACUCGAUGAGGAAUCUUUGUAUGAUUAUUAUUAUGAUUAUACCAUUCGCCUAUUUGAUCCUCCAUCUCGAUGAAGAAUGUAGCAAGGCAUGGUAGUUUGUGAGGCUUUGAUAGAGAUUCACGCUGUGGUUAUUGUUGAAAUAUUUGUUUAUUUGUGUAGCCAUAUUUCUUAUGUAAUUUGUUAAUUGCCCCAAUGAUUUUUGGUGCGUAAGUAAUAAGGGUGGCAUUAGUUAGGUAAUAUUUUUUUACGACACAUUCUUGUCGCAAUAAUAAAUUGUACGAGCACAAAUUGAGAAGCGUUGUUUUUUUACCAAAAACCAUGUAUUUGUAUUGAUUUAUCCUAGCUAUUGUGCUUUUCCACAAGUUUUUAAGUCCUUCAGACUAUAAAUUCGGCCAGAGUUCAACUAGUUUAAGCUAUACAUGUGUG